UCCUUUCCACCCGCGUGCCCGUCGGGAUAAACGUGUGUCUACCGAGGGACUCCAUCUGAGAAGGAAAAUGCCGUCAAAAAUCAUCCUUGAAACUCAAGAUGCCGAAAUGGAAGAGACUGUGGACACCGCCGCGGAAGUGAAGACCAUGAAGGUUAAGACCAAGGAAGGUAAGAAACUGAAGAAGAAGCAGCAGCAGCUGUUGGAGCAGCAGGAAGACCCAGACUGUGAGCCUCCAGCACCAAAGAAGAAAAAGAAAAAAGACAAACAGGAAGCAGACCAAGUGAACGGCCACACAGAGGAGCCCGUUAUGAUGAAUGGAGGCAGUAACGGUGUUGAAACACCAAAACAGAAGAAGAAGAAGAAGAAAGGAGACAUACAGGAAAACAAGAAAAAGCAAGCGAAUGCAGAAGCAGAAACCAAUGGACAUUCCACCCCAAACACCCCCCUUCAGACCCCGUCAGCUUCCAGCGACGAAUCCCCCAGUGACAGCGAAAAAGAAACGGAGGAGACCCCGGAGCAGAAGGAGGGCGCCUUCUCCAACUUCAGAAUCUCUGACGUCACCAUUGAUAAACUGAAAGCUCGGGGAGUCACUUACCUGUUUGACAUUCAGGUAAAGACGUUUAAUCCUGUUUAUGAUGGCGAGGACGUCAUCGCUCAGGCCCGCACAGGAACUGGAAAGACUUUCUCCUUCGCCAUCCCUCUGGUGGAGAAGCUGCAGAGGGACCCGGCGGAGAGGGCCCGAGGCCGUCCUCCCAAGGUCCUUGUGUUGGCGCCCACCAGAGAGUUGGCUAUCCAGGUCGCCAAGGACUUCAAAGACGUCUCCAAGAAACUGUCCAUCUCCUGUUUCUACGGAGGCAGCUCCUACAACCCACAAGUUGAUGCGAUCCGUAAUGGCAUCGAUAUCUUGGUUGGGACCCCUGGUCGCAUCAAGGACCACCUUCAAAACAACAAACUCAACCUGACACAGCUGAAGCAUGUUGUUCUGGAUGAAGUGGACCAAAUGUUGGACAUGGGAUUUGCUGAACAAGUUGAGGAGAUUCUGAGUUCUUCAUAUCAAAGAGAGGGUGAAAGCAACCCACAGACGCUUCUGUUUUCGGCCACAUGUCCCCCCUGGGUGUACGACGUGGCCAAGAAAUACAUGAGACCAGACUGCAAACACGUUGACCUGAUUGGAAAGAAAACCCAGAAGGCCGCAACAACAGUUGAACAUCUGGCCAUUGCCUGCCACUGGUCACAGCGUGCAGCCGUCAUCGGAGACGUGAUCCAGGUGUACAGCGGCAGCCACGGCAGGACCAUCGUCUUCUGCGAGACAAAGAAAGAGGCCAAUGAACUUGCCUUGAACGCGUCCAUCAAACAGAGCUCCCAGUCCCUUCAUGGCGACAUCCCACAGAAGCAGAGGGAGACGACGCUGAAAGGCUUCAGGAACGGCUCCUUUGAGGUUUUGGUGGCUACAAACGUUGCCGCUCGUGGAUUAGACAUCCCCGAAGUGGAUCUGGUGGUUCAGUGUUCUCCACCUAAGGAUGUGGAGUCGUAUAUCCAUCGCUCUGGACGUACGGGCCGUGCAGGCAGGACUGGAAUCUGCAUCUGUUUCUACCAGAGGAGAGAAGAGGACCAGCUGCGCUACGUGGAAAACAAAGCAGGCAUCACGUUCAGGCGAGUCGGUGUUCCCACUGCCAACGAUAUCAUCAAGUCAUCAAGCAAAGACGCUGCCAGAUUUUUGGACUCUGUUCCCGCCACCGCCAUCAACUACUUCAGAGCGUCCGCAGAGAAGCUGAUCGAGGAGAAAGGAGCAGUGGAGGCUCUUGCUGCUGCCCUGGCGCAUAUUUCUGGAGCCACGGCUCUGGAGCAGAGAUCACUGAUGAACUCGGACGCAGGCUUCGCGACAAUGCAGCUGGUGUGUUCUCAGCCCAUGCAUAACAUCGGCUACGCCUGGAGAAGCAUCAAAGAACAGCUUGGAGAGGAGAUGGAGAACCUGAUUCACAGGAUGACCUUCCUCAAAGGCAAAACGGGAGUUUGUUUUGACGUGCCGGCCGACAAAGCCAAGGAGAUUCAGGACGGCUGGAAGGACGGCCGCCGAUUUCAGCUGUCGAUCGCCACCGAGCUCCCUGAGCUGGAGGAGAGGCAGCAAAGCGGUAACCGCGGUGACAGAGGAUCCGGCGGCGGUAACCGCGGCGACAGAGGGUCCAGAGGAGGAAGGGGAAGGGGUUUCGGAGGCCGCGGGGGCCGUGGUGGCGGGGGACGCGGCGGCGGUUUCCGGCGGAGCGACGGCGGUUCCCGGGGGAAUGGCGGCAGAGGACAGAAGCGCAGCUUCAGCCGCGCCUUUGACCACUAACCCCGAGACUGACUGACCCUCAGCGGCGCUGGCAGAGUGUUCGCCAGCUUACAGCUGUCCCAAGAUCUCCACCAGUCACACUGCGUUCUUAUUCAUGAACAGAACAGAACCCGACAGUGCAGUUCAUUUUCUAGAAACCAGGAUUUGAAGAAUACAUUUUUCCCAAACAGUCCUCAGCUCAGUCGGCUGACAGGCAUUUAGAUGUCUUGAUAUAUGCUUCUUUAUGAGGCAGUUCAUGAGAUAAAACCCUGAAAAUGACGGUUUUUAAACCUCUCGACAGUUUAAAAGAGCACAUGAUUUGGUUGCCAUGUCUUGAAUGGCAGAAAAUAUGAAAUGGUGACUUUUUGAUCUUAUAAAGAAGUUAUGGUAUUGAUGUUUUUUUUUUUAUUAUUAUUACUUUUAUUUUUAUGACUCUGUGUUUGGGGAGCAGCAACAGCGAUCCGACUCGGGCCUUUUGUCGUCGUACUCACCUUUCUGACCGCACACCUUGUAAACUGAAAGCGAUUAUACAUCUCGCCGUGUUUGUAAUGCCAUGAAGGCGCGCCGUAAUACGAGCAUGUAGGAGAUGCUGUUUGUUCUCCUCACCCUCAGGGAACAGCGAUGAAACAGCUGCUGACCUUUACAAUGCGCUCUGUGUCGGAUUGCUGCAGCACCCUUUGCUGAAAUCUCUCUCCCCAAAAAUAUCUUGGAUGAUUGCCUUGCAAUUGCCUCUAUUUAAUAACUUCUGUCUACUGCCUCCAUUCAUUUGAAUGAGAUGACUUGCUCAUUAAUAAAAAGGUCAACCUGUA